CGACCUAUCAGCCGGUUUUUUCGCAUUGUCGAAUUAAAUACAAUUUAGUGUAAGAACAUUAAAACCGCCUUAAAAGUAUAAUACUGACAGGGGGAGCCCCUAAUAAUAAAGAAUAGCAUUAAUACGUAAAUUGUUAACACCAUACAUAUAGUGGUUAUUUAAUAUAUUAAUAAAUAAAAAGAUAAGAUGCAAAGUGUUCUUAAUUACGCGUUAUCUGGUGCUCAAUUGUCAUUAGAUGCAGCAACAGGAGCAGUGAAAUUCGUGACACGGACAAAUUCUAAACCUAAAGUGGAAGCGACAAUGUCACCUUUGUGGAAAUUAGCUUCAGCUGCUGGACCGUUUACGAAAAUUGCAGCUUUAAGUGGAGCAUCUGCGGUUGUUAUUAAUGCGUAUGGUGCACACACACCACAUUUAAAGGACGAGAAACUAAUAAAAAUAUUCGACACUGCAAGUCGAUAUCAUUUGGUACACUCGCUAGUGAUACUAGCAUUACCUCUUUGCAGAUCACCUUACCUGACAUGCACAUUUAUGCUGUCGGGCAUGAUCUUAUUUAGUGGUAGCUGCUAUUAUUAUGCGCUUACGGGUGAUAAACGUUACAAUAAAGUGACACCAUUUGGUGGAGUAUGCUACAUAUUAGGAUGGCUAAGUAUGUUAAUUUAAGAUUCCUAAAAAACAUGGGACUGUGAUAAUUGCAAACAAGAAAAACAUAAAAUAAUAGAAAUAAUCAGGAAUUGAAUUUUGAAGUGUUGCAUUAUACAUAGAAAAUAAUUUUGUUUUUUAAAUAAAUCAUCUUAUGUAAUUUGAAAUUGUUUUUAAUAAUAUAAUAUUUACCUUAUACAAAAUAUUGUCGAUUAGGAAAGAUAUUUUUUCAGCAACAUGUUUAUAUUUUCAUUUAUUGAAAGCUACCGAAGAAACAGAAUCUACGUUGAAUAAAAGUAAAUCUUCAUUUAUACUAAUGAGUUGAUAUAAAUAUAAGUUUUACUUAUAAUAUUGAUACAGGUUUAGUCCGUCCAACCAAACCAUCAAACAUUAUGCAAUGCAUUUCCGAAUUCUUGCAUAUUGUAUGUUCAAUCAAUAAGUUUUGUUUCUCUACAUUUUGUGUAUACAUUACCAGUUAUAAUUCACUAUUGUAUUAAAAAUGUAAUGAAAAAAUAUAAGUGUAACAUGUUUUUAUAGUUCAUAAUAAAAUAUGUAAAAUUACGAAAUAUAACAGUAUCAUUGUAGUGACUAAAUAAAUUCAUAGUAUAAUGCUAAAAAGAAAAAAGAAAUGUCACAAGGUUGAAAUGAAGCUUUAAAGCAACACUGUAGGCUUAUUUUAAAAGUCAGCUUAGAAUGGUGAUUAUUUAAUACCAAUUAACGUAAUCGCCAAUUCACCAUUUAACUCUCACAUACAUCAAAUUAAAAAUCAGAAAGUGAUGUAUACAUAUAUUGAUCAGUUUAAGCAAUGGUACACAAUAUAAUUGUAAAACAAGUAAUCGCAUAUUAUCUUUUUUUCUACUUUUGAUCAGUUCAUAUUCUCACAAUUUUCGUACAGAAUCACAAUUUCUACAGAGAUAUAAGAAAGUAAUGUACCUUGUAUAAUCCAUCUGAUACACCAGCUUCGCUGACUUUAUAUCCAUUCUAUUUCAAUAUUAUACAUUUUUCGUACAUUUUUUUUUUCAUAAAUAGAUGUUUUGCCUGUAAAUGAGUAGAUAUAAGACAGUAAUUUUCUUCGAUCAUUACGGUGACACUGUCUGGCGAUGCUGGCUGCACUCAUACACGGCUAAAAGUAUUAAUUGGACUAUCUUACCUAGAAUAAAAAUAUCAAAUAAGUUUAGUUGGUGAUACAUCGAAUAAACUUAAAAUAUAGGAGUGUUGCACGUGAAAUUCGCGCAGUGCUCAUAAACACUGGAAAUUAAGCAGCGAACACAAGAGAUCGAUCAUGAAAAUAAAAUGAUGGUUAAUAAACACGUGUUUAUAUUUGAA